ACUAGCUUUAAAAGCAAAAGCUGACGGCUGCUAAUAAAGUGGUUUCCUCUCUCCUGCGCUGCAGACAAUAAAUACAGCAACAAAAAUAAAAUAAAAGAGCACAUGUCGAAUCUUCAAAAUUCUUCCUCCGCUACCAAACGAUUUCUAGGAUCCCCCAAAACUAAUAGUUUUGGACCUGGAAUUCAAUUCCUAGGGUUUUGAGAAGAAAACCCCAAAAAAUUCUAAACAAAACAGAUUAAUAAAGGAUUUCGAAAGCUGUGAUUUGGAAUUCCACGCCAUGGAAUUUGAGGUCUCCAGCUCUUCCAAUCUUUUAUCAGCUUCCUCCGUCGAUUUGGUGGUCGACACGAAGAAUAAAGGAGAAGAAGACAAUGAUCGGGUUCGCCUCAGGAGGAAGACCUUGAAGGCCGUGCUCGAGCAGUGCCAGAGAGCUCUCGAAUUGUUUGGUAAUACUGAUGGUGUUGGAGAAGAUGACAAUGAUGAUAACGAUAAAGGUAGGGGGAAGCUAGCUGUUGAGGAUCAGGACGAGGAUGAGGAGCCCAGCCGCGAUAGUUCAGUGGCUUCGCCUGGGGUUGGAGAAGCCUAUGAGUUGUGUGACCUUCUCAAAUCUAGAGUUGAAUGCCCUGACUUCCUUGAAAAGCUAGAGUGUGCUCAAGGGUCGGCUCCCCAAAAUAUUUCUGAAGAAGGUAGUUCUUGGGACAUGGUCAAUGAGCAUGAUCUUUGGGAAUGUGACAAUUUUGACUCUGAUCAAGAAGGUUAUGUUCUUGUUCGGCAAGAAGACAUAGUAGAGGGCAUUGCAUGCUUCAUGGCUGCCUAUCUGUUGUCCCUUAAGCAGACAAAGGACUUGACCCCCAAUCAACUCCAGGAAGCCCUUAGCAAAACAUUCUCUGUAAAAAAGAAGAAAGGGAAGCUUCGGAAAGCAUGGGAUGGAAGCAAAGUCAUCUAUAAUGUAGCAUCCUGGGGGGCAACUGCCAUUGGGAUAUACCAAAACCCAGUAAUUCUUAGGGCUGCCACUAAAGCAUUCUGGGCUUCUCGUCAUAUUAUAUCAAAGCUUCUCUGAUGUGCCUGUUAAUACUUGGAGAAUACUAUGGUAUUGGAAUUCACUGAUGUAUUUAUGCUUGUGCUGCUAAUGCAGCUGGGUUUCUCAUGUUGUACUACAUUCUUCCAUGCUACAAAUUGAUUGAUUAAUCGGACAUGAUUUGUCUUGUAAAUAUUCUUCUUCUAAGUAUUUCCGAGUGAAAUUGAAAUUCAUUGGUAAAA